GUAAUUGGUGUUUGAAUCUCGGAGAAGAAAGGGAUCUUCAUUGGUAGGUUUUUGACUUUCUGACAAAACAUGACCAUGAUUUUUUAUCUUUCCUCUUUUUGAAUGUUUUCUCGGCUAUAGGUUGUCUUAAUUUCUACUGGGUAUUGUUAAAAGGGCUUGUUUUGCUGAAUUAGCUGAUAGAAUCUAUAUUUACUAGUGUUGUAAGAGCGAAAUUGGGGUAUUUGGGCUCUUAAACGGGGAAAUUGAGUCACAAAUGAUCAGUUCUUUCAACUUCAAUAUCGUCUCUUCCCUUUUCUUUUCUUUUUUAAAAUUUUUUGCUUAUGGUGGCUGCUUUGCUUCUCUGUUGAUAUCGGUACAAAACAGCAAUGGCUAGUGACUCGAAAAAUUCAACUGGUGCUUUCAAAAAGGGACUGUUGCAGAGUGAAGAGUUGUACAAGUAUAUAUUAGAGACUAGUGUGUACCCACGUGAACCAGAGCCUCUCAAGGAGUUAAGGGAACUUACUGCAACCCACCCAAGGGCCCUGAUGGCUACUGCAGCAGAUGCGGGUCAGUUAAUGACCAUGCUCUUGAAGUUGGUUAACGCAAAAAGGACAAUUGAACUUGGAGUUUUUACUGGAUACUCUCUUCUCUUGACCGCUCUUACAAUCCCUGAUGAUGGCAAGAUUGUGGCCAUAGAUGUGAAUCGUGAGUCCUUCGAAAUAGGAUUGCCAGUUAUCAAAAAGGCUGGUGUUGAACACAAAAUCGAUUUCAGAGAAUCUGAGGCAUUACCUGUUCUUGAUCAGCUGCUAGAAAAUAAAGGAAAUGAAGGCAGUUUCGACUUUGCUUUUGUUGAUGCUGACAAGGUUAAUUUUUCGAACUACCAUGGGAGGCUAAUGAAACUAUUGAGGGUCGGUGGCAUUGUUGUGUAUGAUAAUACACUCUGGGCCGGUAGUGUUGUAAUGAGUGAAGAGUCAACUCCAGAGCGAAAGAGACCGGGUAGACAGGCUAUAGUUGAACUAAACAAAUUACUCGCUGGUGAUCCUCGAAUCGAAAUUUCCCAUGCUCCUUUGGGUGAUGGGAUCACCAUUUGCAGGCGCAUCCUCUGAAUUUUCCUUGGAAACAGUUUCUUUUGCAUAAUCACAUGUGCAAAUUAGUGUUUGAUUGCUACCAUUAGACGAGAAUAAGUGAUGCAAUGAAGCUACAGUUCUACACUGACUAGAAUGCGCGCAUACCCCCAGUACUAGUGAAGUGCUUUUUAGAUUGAAUGUAUGUUUGAUUGCUUGUUUUCUAAAUUUCAGUUUGGUUUUGUGUUGAAUCAAUUUCGUUGUAACUGGAACAGCUCCUGAAUUAAAUAUGAGAAAACAGAUUUUGUUAAGAAAAACCCGUCUAUCAUGGUCGUCA